AUGCCUCGGCGAAGCCCCAGGGCCUACCCGGUGCCCUGCUGGGGCCCGCAGCCAGAAGAAGCCAACCCUGCCAAGCGCCGCCGCCUCCAGGAGCCUGCCUACCUGGGGUCUUUGGCACAGCCAGACCUGGAAGCAUCCGCCAGGCCUGCCAGCCAAGAGCUCACCUCCACGGUGGUCGUUCCCACCGGCUGUGCCAUGCAAUUACACGUGGAAGACGUCGACCUGCUGCUGGAGCCCGAACCGACCUCGCUCAGGCCAGUGUCGUUACCUGGACACACCACCAUCCUGGUCCCCGAGGGCCUCCAAGCCUCCUCCCAACCCGGGCAGGCUGUGUUCUGGCCUGCCGGCAUGCAGGAGGUCGCUGUCCCGAACAUGCUCCAGGACCACCACGUCUUUGCCCUCCACCAGGGAUUCAGUGGUGCCGAGAGCUAUGCUCCUUGUUCCAUCUGGAGCCUCCAAAGCAGCACGCGCUGGCCUCUGCCCAGCUCACAACUGCAGCCUCUCCCUCCAUCGCCUCCUCCAAGUCAUCGAGAGCAAACCUCUGAGAGUCCAUUGGACAGGGUCAAGAGGCGCCUCUUCUAG